AUGACUGGUUACAAGUCUGUUGCGGCCUGCGACAUUCUCCUCCAUGCCGGGGACUUGUCGCAGUUCGGCACCUUUGCAGAGAUACAGGCACAACUGUCAUGGCUUGCCGCGCAGCCGCACCCACACAAGGUUGUCAUUGCUGGCAAUCACGACCUACUCCUUGACUCCGUCUUCGUUUCUACGAACCCAGACCGUGAACUGGACCGGCACCCCGGCCAGCGCAGAAACGAUCUCGACUGGGGGGGCGUCCAAUAUCUGGAGCGCGGGUCACUGGACAUCGCCGUCGAGGGGAAAAACAGGUCCAUCCGCGUGUUUGGCAGCCCAUGGACACCACGGUGUGGAAACUGGGCAUUCCAGUACGGGAAGGGAGAUGGCGAUAGGGAGACCUUGGGCACAGCGCCGGCCGACACAGACGUCAUGCUGAUGCAUGGACCGCCCAAAGGGCAUCUAGACGAUGGGGGAAAGGGCUGUGGAAGGCUGCUUGCUGAAGUCUGGAGGGUAAGGCCCAAAGUUGUGGUGUGUGGUCACAUCCACGCAGGGAGAGGGGAAGAAUGGCUUCGCUUCGACCACGUUGACAGCUGGUACGAGAACGUGAUGCUCGGGAGGAGGCGGUGGGUAUCUGUGCUCUGCCUGGUCUUGUGCCAUGUCUGGUUGAGGGUUACGAGGACAUGGGGUGUUGCACCAAGUCAGGAGCAGACCAGAGGGACGCGCCUCAUCAAUGCUGCCAUGGUGGGAGGGCGUGGAAAUGUGGACCACAGAGAAGCCUUCGUCGCAGCCAUAUAG